AAUAUGGCCUCUGAAGAUUCCUGGGUUUUCGAUUCGCUGGUCUGUUUUCUCCACGGACCCGUCUGGAAUGCGCCGCUGCAGACAUUUAUAGAGCAAAAGUCUCUGGUCUUUGAUCCCAAUUUGCAGCUGGAUGAGGGCAACGAGGAGAUACGGCAAAUCCAUGAGGAAUACAAGAAUCUGGUGGACUUUAUGCUGGGCAGCUUUAUGGAGGAGAUGCACAUAACGCCGGAACAGUUUGAGCUGGCCUGUUUGGAGGGGCGUCAACAGGGUCCCGGCGAGAAUCCCUUCCAGUUCCAUCAGGUGCUCUUUCAGCAGAUCUGGGCCGCCAACGAUGUGAAGAUCUUUAUACGCAUGAUGACGCAACGCAAUGUGGAGCUGCAGCUGCAGGCGCUGGAUCUCAUCGAGAAGCAUCAACUGGCCCACAGUGCUUCAACAGAGCUUGCGGACACGGAUAGCGCAGCUGGCGCGGAGGCCAGGUGGGCAUUUAUUGCGCUCCAUUUCGAAUCAUCAUAUGAAUCCUUUUGCAGCAAUUCGGCGUCCGAUUUAGAUGUGGAUGAACUUAUUGCUAGAACGGUGGCCGAUGAGCUCGAAAGUCCCGAGGCCGCUUUGACGCCCGAGCAGGAGGCCAAUUUGGAGCUGGUCAACGACAAGUUUCAGCGGCUGAAUCUCUUCUUCGAGCGGGAGGAUCAGGUGGAUCCCAAUGAGGUCGUUUCGCGCCAGGAGUAUUUGCGCCAGCAGCGCGACAAAAUAGUUGAGAUCAAGAAGCAAACGCGCGCCAAGCAGCUGCUGGACACCGUCGCACGCAGCACGCCGCAGCAGCUGGAGCCAGGCGCACGACCCAGUUCCGCCCAGGUGGCACAACAGCUGCUCGAGAAUGUCGAACUGGACAAAUUGCCGCCGGCGUCCGUGGAUGAGGCUGACAAUGCGGCGCUGCAGCUGCGACGCACGCUGGCCAAACGGCUGCGAAACGAGGUUGUGGAGCAUAAUUAGACAAGACAUCAAUAUACCCUUGCAGAGGGUAAUAAACCUAUGUUAGCACAUAUUGAAGAGAACUUUCGCGAAUUAUAGAGUAUCAUUUAUAAGCUCAAGUCUACUCAAGUCUUUAUACCCCUGCCCGUCCGUCUGCCUAUAUGAUUCUAUUCUGGUCUCCCAGUUUUGAAAAUAUCCUUAAAUAUUGUAU